GAAUUCAAUCUUCGUAUAAAAAUUACGACCGCAAGCGUGUCUGGGUUCGAGGCUUUAUAUAAAUACAUCUACGUCCUGAAAAUUACCGGCAGUCAUUGCGAGAAUUUUGUAAUGAAGGAAUUGUCGCCCAAAGAGGGCAAAUUUUAAGAGCGUUCACUUGAGCCGAGAAUGCCGGUGAAAGUUGACGUAGUACCACCACCGCCCGCAAACUCAAAGCAGCCGGGUGUCACAAAAUCUUUGCUUUACAACGGUUCGCGAUUUCAAGGCUCUCAAAAGUCUAAAGGCAACAGUUAUGACGUAGAAGUAGUUUUGCAGCAUGUAGAUGAAGAGAAUAGCUAUUUAUGUGGCUAUUUAAAAAUUAAAGGUCUUACGGAGGAAUUUCCUACAUUGACUACAUUUUUUGAUGGUGAAAUUAUAUCAAAGAAAUAUCCCUUUUUAACUCGAAAAUGGGAUGCAGAUGAAGAUGUUGAUAGAAAACAUUGGAGCAAAUUUGAAUCAUUUCGUCAAUAUGCUAAAACAUUUAAUUCUGAUACAUUUGAUUAUGAGGCUUUAAAAGGAACUGAUUUUGUUUUUAUGAGGUGGAAGGAACAUUUUUUGGUUCCUGAUCAUACUAUUAAAGAUAUCAACGGUGCCUCAUUUGCAGGAUUUUAUUAUAUUUGCUUUCAAAAAUCUGCUGCUACAAUUGAAGGCUUUUAUUAUCAUCGUAGUUCUGAAUGGUAUCAAUCAUUGAAUUUAAAACACGUCCCAGAACAUAGCAUACAAAUCUACGAAUUCAGGUGAAAUCAAUGACUCACUCAGUUAUUUCUCCAAAUUCAUAUUUUGCCUCUCCUAGCAUACAGAUCUCAUAAAAAUCAAUCUGUGAAGUAGUUUAAUUCAAUUUUGAACAAGCAACAAUUUUUAAAUUGUUUAUGUUAAAAGUAAGGUUCUUGAAAGAAUUAACUACUUAUUUCUUAGGUUUUUUUUCUUUUGUUUUUAAA